AUGUCUUGUGCACCAGAUUAUUUCGAUCAUGCUUUACCUGAUCUAAUACCAUCUCUAGAAUAUGCAUAUAAUUUAUUCAAUAAAUUUUCUUUUAAAAGAAAAACACUUCAAUGUAGCAGUGCAACAUUAGGAUCUUCAAACUCUGUCAAGUUUGAAAAGUCUGUGGCCAACAAUAACAAUCAAAACUCUACCGAUAUAGUUCAAUUUUAA